AUCCACGGUUUCCUAGCAACCAAGGCCCCCCUAACAGAAUGGCAAAAUUUGUGCUCGCUGGCAAAGCAGACUGUCCGCAUUACGCCAAAGCGGAACUAUUAGCAGACAGACUGCAGCGAUCUCUUCCUGACUUCAGGAUUCACAAGAUCUCCAUUCUCCCACAUGAGUGGCGGAAAUGGCUGGAGGCCACCUGCAACAGAAAUGGCUGGAAACAUGAGAAGUCCCCCCUGGUUUGGAGGGAACUUGUGAACCAAGGGGGGAAAGGGAUGCUGUUGGGGGGCUUCAGCGACUUCCUAGAGCACUGCCAGGACUACUACGGCAUCACGUCAGACAUGCUGACGGAUUCAAUGCUGGCGGUUGCAGCAGAGAAUCUGGAAACCAAGAUGAAUAUUAUUGCAGAGGAGCAGCGUUGUCUCAAUCUCAAUAAACCCCUUCACAUAUGGAUUACUAGUGCUCUCAACCCAACCUGCAACUUCCUGAUCCCCAAUCUGCUCUCUGCUGAGGUGUUCCCCCAUGUUUCCACAAUCAGCCUCCACCUUCUGGACUUAGAGGGGAAUGCGGAGGGAUUGCAGGGGCUGAGGAUGGAGACAGAGGACCUGGCACUCCAUCUGCUCCAUCAAGUGACUAUUCACACAGAUCUGGAUCAGGCUUUCCAAGAAGCGGACGUCAUUCUACUGCUGGAUGAGUGGUGGUCUGCUGACAGUGAUGAGGAGGAGCAGAGGAAGAAAAAGGUGAAGGCAAUGUCUGACAGGUACAUAGAGUACGGACAACUGAUCGACACGAGGGCCAACAAGGAGGUGAAGGUCAUCGUGUCUGCUGGCUCAUUUGCCAACCUGAGAUGCUCACUUCUUCUGGACAAUGCACGCUCCAUUGACAGCCACCAAUUUAUCACAAUGGCAACUCAGCUGGAGAAUGAAGCAAAGGCCAUCCUUGCAAAGAAAUUCAAAGUGAGGACUUCAGAUAUUAGAGAUGUCAUCGUGUGGGGAAACAUCAGUGGCAGUUUCUACAUCGACCUGCAGUGGACGAAGGUUUUCAACUAUGACGGGGCAAUCAAAGGACCAGCUACCUUUUCCCAACCAGCUCUGAAGCUUCUCCAUGAAAGGUUUGCCACAACAGUCAAUCUGUGCAGCUCCUGGGAUGUGUACCCCGAAAAGCCGGCAACUUCUUUCCCCUCUUCGAGGAGAUGGUCGGAGACAGACCUUCAAGACCUGGCACGUUGUCGGCGUGCGGCUUCGAUGUCCCGGCGAGCAGCCUCCAUGUCGGCCGCCGACGGGAUCCUCGCCGUCCUGAGCGCUUGGAACUGCAGCUCCGAUGGGGUCUUCUCCGCGGGGGUCCUGUGCCCAGGCGACUACAAUCUCCCAGACGGCAUUGUCCUCUCACUCCCAGUGAAUUUCACAGGCGGCAAGUGGGGCGUGCUGCCCGACGCGGCCAUCGGAGACGAGUUGAAGGAGAGACUUCGAUUCUCUGCAAUGGAGCUAAUGCAGGAAAAAGAACUUGGAUACAAAGAAGACAGUAGAUUGACUUAAAAUGAUCAAAGGAAAUAAACCAGAUAUCUCACUUGU